AUGACGCUUGUCGAAAACAGCGAUCUCAGCAGGCUCACCGCGUUGCUGGACCGCUUCGACGCGUCCGAUCGAGUGUUUGAUGUAAAGCUGGAGCUCCUGGCGUUCCCUGCAAAGAAGUCGGAAGCAGCCGGGCGGCAGCAUCCGCACGCCGAACACUUCUCGUACAUCAUGAACCACUGCUUCCCCGACUACAGCUUCAGCCACCUGGGCACAAAGCACUUCAAGCAGUUGAAGAACCUACCGGCGGUCAUCAACAACAUCGACUACAACCUGUCGUUCAUAGUGGAGCGCUUCGUGCCGGGUUUCGCGAAGGAUUUCUGGGACGUUAUAAAGGACAUCGUGCCGCUCAAGGAGGUAGAUAUAUACACGUACGAUUACUGCGGCGAGGACGGGCCUUUCAACGAGGGUAGCUGCUUGCAGAGCUUCAACUACUUCCUGCUCGACAAGCGCCAGCAGCUGGUGCUGUUUCUGUGCUGCGUCACCACCGGCAAGUGCGACUCAGUUCAGCGGAUGCAGGACGAACAGUCAUUCACCACGCCGUGCUAUCAGGAGACCGUAUCCUCAUGCAACGAGGGGGACUGCCUCUCCGACUUCGAGGUUCCGGAGACCAUGGCGUAG